GCUCUAUACGCGUUGCACAACCGAGGGAACCUUAGAGCUGGAGAAUCCGUUUUAAUUCAUGCCGGCGCCAUGGGAACAGCAGCCAUUGCUCUGGCCAAGCUAAUCGAAGCCAUCGUAUACACCACCUGUAGCUCUCAGGCCAAACGUGACUAUCUCAUGAACGACUUGGAUGUGCCUGCCAGUCACAUCUUCAACUCCCGCGACGAUUCGUUCGUUCAAGGGAUCAGAACAGCUACCAUCCCCCGCCCCCCAACUAUUGUCUAAUAACAAUGAAACUGACGCCAAUUGCAGUGGAAAUCUUCCUAAAGGGUACCACCUUUACAGCGUUCGACUUGAGUGAUCUUUUCUAUCAUGAAGAUCAGCACUAUCGAGAUAUCUGGAUUACGCGAAAAAAACAGGCGCUUGAACUAUACCGAAGCGGAAAAGUCAAGCCCGGGUCGAGCCAAAUCUACGACGUCUCGAACAUUUCCGAAGCAUUUCGUGCUUUCUCGACC